UUCACCAAACACACCCGACCACACAACACUGACCAGUUAGUAAUCACACAUACUCAAUCAUCCCUCUCAGUGUCAUUUUUCAAUAUAAAUAUCAAUUUUUAAAUAUAAAAUUAUCUUAGUUAAUAUCAAUAUUUAUUUGUUUGUCAGUAAAUUUUAAUGCUACUUAAUGCCUAUUUAUUGUUUGAAAUAUAUUAUGAAAUCACAUGGUGUGUGGUUGCUAACACUUUCCUGAGUUAAAGUGCAGUUCUAUUUGUUGAAGCUGCCCUGUACUGUUUGUAGUACAAUCUCACGUCUGUGAUAAGUGUGUCUUUCUAGUCAUUCAUCUGUCUGUUUGUUAGUCUCUCUGUUUGUUUGUUUGUUUGUUUGUUUGUGUAUCUGUCUGUUUGCCUAUCUGUCUGUUUGUCUGUCUCUCUGUUUGUUUGUUUGUUUGUGUAUCUGUCUGUUUGUCUGUCUCUCUGUUUGUUUGUUUGUUUGUGUAUCUGUCUGUUUGUCUGUCUCUCUGUUUGUUUGUUUGUUUGUUUGUGUAUCUGUCUGUUUGUCUGUCUCUCUGUUUGUUUGUUUGUCUGUUUCUCUGUCUGUCUGUCUGUUUGUUUGUUUGUCUGUUUCUCUGUCUGUCUGUCUGCCAUCAUUGGUUUCAAUCAUUUGAAUGAUACAGCCUGGAAACAAGCGACUCUAAAGCUCAAGAAUGGAGGCUUUGGUUUAACACAGAUUGGACAAAUUUCUCAUGCUGCUUUUGUGUCUUCUUGGUGUCAAUCAAUGAAAGAAUUGCCAUCUCGUUUCUUGUGUAUGACUGACUUGGUUGAUUAUCUUACUUCUUCUAAAGAAAAGUCGGGGUCGAUUGGCUCAGAAGUAAUUUCUAGCUUUUCCGACUUGCCACCAUUGUCCAAGUCAGCUGACAAUGAUGAAGAUUUUCAAACACUUGAUGACAUCAUCGCUUAUCCUAAGAAACUGCAGCACCGUCUUUGUACUGAGAUAAACGAAAUUAAUGUGUCUGAACUCAUUGCUCAGGCUCCUUCUGAUAAAGAUGCGGCAAGGCUGCGGUCAUUGCAAGGUCGUGGAGCCGGAGAUUGGUUAGAUGCCAUUCCUACUUCUGAUAGGCACGCACUUAAAACAAACGACUUUUCUAUAGCGUCCUAUUUGCGGUUGGGAUUGGCUUUACCGUUUACCAAGUGGGUGAAAGUGUGUGACUGUGGACAACAACUGGAUCAACAAGGAUACCACCUACUAACAUGUAAAUAUGGAGGAGGUCCUGUCUGGACCCACAAUACUAUCUUGAAGGGUUGGAGUGAAUGUUUGAGUGAUUUGCACAUUCCCCAUCAAACCGAACCCCGGCAUCGUUUUGUUAGUAGCGAAAACCGUCCUGAUAUGACACUCUUUGAUUCUGAAACAGGACAGAAUCUUGACGUGGAUGUUUCAUUAGCACACCCAUGGAGUAAGGAUGCUCUCAACCACGCACACAGAGAAGAAGGGUAUGCUGCAAAAGUAAGAGAGGAGAAGAAACUAAAGAAAUACUCAGGAGAGGUCCUGCAUGGUGGUUUAUCAUCCAAGUGUGUUCCACUAGUCUUUGAACAUUUUGGUUUGUGGGGCUCGCACGCACACAAGUUUUUGUCUCAUAUAUCUAGGCAAAGCUACAAUACCACUCAUGCACAUCCUUUUAACAGCGCUCAACGUUUUAAGGCAUUCUGGAGAAAGCAAUUUUCCAUCAUUCUUCAGAGAUGCAACGCCAGAGUGAUUUCGAGGAAGCUGUCGAGAUUUUCAUGCAGUACAAACGACAGUAGCAUAAUGUUUGACUGCAAUGUUGUAGGCCAAGUCCAUUAAUGUGUUAUAAUUUGCUUAGUUAUGAAGGACUGGUAGAUAUUUGAAAGUUUCCUGUACAUACGUAGAGUUUUGAUGAUAAUAAAUGAAUCUGUCUGUCUGUCUGUCUGUCUCUCUGUUUGUCUGCAUGUCUGUCUGUAUGUCCCUCUGUCUGUCUGUCUGUCUGUCUGCCUGCCUGUCUGUCUGUCUCUCUGUUUGUCUGCAUGUCUGUCUGUCUGUCCCUCUGUUUGUCUGUCUGUCUAUCCGUCUGUCUCUCUGUCUGUCUGCCUACCUGUCUGUCUGUCUGUCUGUCUCUCUGUUUGUCUGCAUGUCUGUCUGUCUGUCCCUCUGUUUGUCUGUCUGUCUGCCUGUCUGCCUGUCUCUCUGUCUACCUCUGUCUGUUUCUGUCUGCCUGUCUGUCUGUCUGUCUCUCUGUCUGUCUGUCUGCAUGUCUGUCUGUCUCUCUGUUUGUCUGCAUGUCUGUCUGUCUCUAUGUUUGUCUGUCUGUCCCUCUGUUUGUCUGUCUGUCUGUCUGUCCCUCUGUUUGUUUGUCUGUCUGUUUGUCUGUCUGUCUGUUUGUCUGUCUGUGUGUCCAUCUAUAUCCAUGCCUCUCUGUCCAUUUGUCUGUCCCUAAUCUUUCAGUCAUUUCAAACACUCAGCUACACAUCAUAAAUUUACACCACAAACCAUCCAGUCAACAUCGUCAACAAACAUUCAACAAAAGCAACACCCAACAUCCAAACACAAACAAAAAGGUUCCACUCCUUUGUAGCUUCAUUAAUCAAUCCCACCCGACGUACAUCCACCCAAACACUACACAUUCACGACAAGACACCACAG